AUGUCUCUAUUUAUAGGACUUAUCGUGUCGUUUCUGAUAUGUACGUGCGUUAGUGAGGAUACAAAAACGCAUCCUUCAAUACAGACAUUCCUUGUUGAAUCGAAAGUAUUUUCUCGCUUCGCUAAUGUGGACGUCACAAUAAGAAUUGAAAACGACGCAAAUGUAAACAGAAAAGCGAUGUUUUCAAUCCAUGUCCCCACAGAUGCAUUUAUUACAAAUUUUUCAAUGCAAAUUGAAGACCGUAUUCUCCAUGGCGUGGUAAAAGAUAAGAAAGAAGCCGACGAGGCUUACGAGGCGGCCCGUGAUGACGGACAGACAUCUGGGCGAGUGUCGGAAGCCGCCCCACCUCCUGGACGUGGAAUGAAGAACUUCGUCGUCUAUAUGAACGUGGCAGCAAAGUCUGAAGCUAUUUUGAAACUUUCAUAUCAAGAAAUCAUCAGAAAGAUUUUGGGAGAAUAUACACAAAACAUACACAUAGAACCCAAUCAAGUUGUCGAAAAUCUCACUGUCGUUGCAUCGUUUCAAGAGCCCAAUGGAUUUUACCAGUUUUACUACACGCUUCCAAAUUCUAAAGCACGUGCGUCUUCUACAAGUUCGGAUACUGCACCGUAUAGUUUACUGUUUGUGUCCGAAAGAAAAAGAGAGCUUGUGUACUCUCCUUCAAAGGAGAUUCAGAAAAGCACAUCUGGUAGAAGAAUCGGGUUGAAUGGUGACAUUAUUAUGAAGUAUACUUUGAUACCCCCAGAAACGAACGGAGGAACACUUAUUGUCAACAAUGGUGCGUUUGUUCAUUAUUUUUCACCACUUGGCUUACUGAAUAUGAGCAAAACAGUGAUAUUUGUCAUUGAUGUAAGUGGUUCCAUGAAAUACGGAAGACUUGAUCAGGUAAAGGUGGCAAUGAGCGGGAUAUUGAUUCGAUUGAACGAAGAUGAUGCUUUUAACAUCAUUGUAUUCAGCUCUAGCGUAAAACGAUGGAAACAAGAACCAGUAUCGGCUUCUGCAGCACACAUUUCCUCUGCCAUGCUAUUUGUGGAUCAAAUGAAAGCAGCGGGGAAUAACAACUUCAAUGACGCCUUGGUAUCUGCAAUUCUUGAUAUCAACAACGCAACGAAAAACCAGGUGAAUUUAGUUGUGUUCCUCACGGAUGGCAUUCCCAAUAAGAACGUUGAAGACGAAGAAUUAAUUUCGGAGAAUAUUAAUAAAAUAAAUCAUGGCAAUUUAGUUUCAAUUUUCUCUCUGGGUUUUGGAUCCGAUGUAAAUUUUGAGUUUCUGCAGAAAAUAUCACUUCAAAAUAAUGGAACAGCAUAUAUUAUAUACGACGACGAAGAUGCAAGUCAACAACUUGAGGAUUUUUGUAGAGGAAUAGAGUCCGUGACACUCAGGGAUGUUAGGUUUCAAUAUCUUGCUGACCAUAUAGUCAUUGAAGAUUUGACACAAACAAAUUUUGCCAUUUUUUUCAACGGAUCCGAAAUAAUUGUAGCUGGAACCAUUCAACCGGAAGCUGACAUCAAAUCAAUUCCAUUUACCGCGUCGACUGCUGCUGUCGGUGUGGACAAUGACAUGACUUUCUAUUCUACAGCCGAACCAGAGACAGGAGAGACUCUACAAUUCGGACGAAGACUUUGGGCGUAUCAGAAAAUAAAGGACUAUCUUGGUCUGGCCCUGAUGUCAGAGGAGGAAGAGGACAGAGAGAGAUACGAACACAAGGCACUGACAUUGUCUUUAAGGUACAGCGUUGUGACGCCUCUCACGGCCAUGGUUGUUGCGGAAGCAGUAACUACUUUGGAUUAUAAUUAUCCUAAGGUAAAGAAAGAUGAAAAAUUAGGAAUAGGAAUCGGGGUCACCAGGAAGACCUUGCGGAGAGAUGGUAUAGUUCAUGACUUGCAUAGCACAACAGACAAGUGCGCGUCAUCGGCUUUGGUAUGUGUCGCGAUCUUUUUUCUGAUCAAAGUUCUUUGGUAUUUCAUUUGA